AUGGAGAAUUUAAAAGCCUCAAAUCCAAUACGCAACGUAAAUAUGAAAAGCAAUUUGGAAAUUAGACGAAUAGAAUCGAAAACAUCAAAGGACGUGACAACAUCAUGUGAGGAAGGUUACUUGAGGUUUAUUAUUGACAAUAAUUUAUUAUUAGAGGAGGGUGGAUUUAGUAAAGUUUACCUUGCUUCAGGAUUGUUUUGGUACCAAGAAAGGUUGAUGAAUGAAAUGGAAACACUUCAUGAGACUUUAUCCGAAAUUGGCUUCUGA